AAGCGUGGGUCUCCCUGGGAGCGGGUCUGCCCUUGGGGAAGGCCUCUCGGCUCUGUGCCCUGCAGCCCGACUGACAUUCGGAGCGGAUCGAAGAGGGGCUCGGCGGCCCCGGCGUGCACUUGUGCUAGCCCGGGCACGAGGGAGCGCCUCUGCGGAGGAGCCCAGGAAGUGGGGGAGGGAGAGACGCGCCAGAACCUCGGUCCCGGGCGCCGUGGUCGGCCGCGGAGGAGCUGCAGCCUCCAACAGAUGCUGUUCCCUCUGCCUGGGAGACCGUCCUGCUCCACUGUCCUCUAAGCCUCAGCUCCAGACUCACCCUGUCAGAGAAGCCCACCCUGCUGCUUCAGGAAGUUGUGCGUCUCUGGCAUGCUACCUGCUCUGCUCCCCCAUCAGAGCUCGGCCAGGAAGCAAAGGUUGCCACAUCUCCCCAAGCCAGGCCUGCCUGAAGCGCUGCAUGCAAAUUUGGCUGCUGGCUAGGGCACACUAAACAGAGUUGUAGGCAUGGACUUCGUCAUGAAGCAGGCCCUUGGAGGGGCCACCAAGGACAUGGGGAAGAUGCUGGGCGGAGAGGAGGAGAAGGACCCUGACGCACAGAAGAAGGAGGAGGAGCGGCAGGAGGCACUUCGGCAGCAAGAAGAGGAGCGCAAGGCCAAGCACGCACGCAUGGAGGCCGAGCGUGAGAAGGUCCGGCAGCAGAUACGAGACAAGUACGGGCUGAAGAAGAAGGAAGAGAAGGAGGCUGAGGAGAAGGCAGCCCUGGAGCAGCCCUGCGAAGGGAGCCUGACCCGGCCCAAGAAGGCCAUCCCGGCAGGCUGCGGGGACGAGGAGGAGGAGGAGGAGGAGAGCAUCCUGGACACGGUGCUCAAAUACCUGCCCGGGCCACUGCAGGACAUGUUCAAGAAGUAACCGGCCCUCCCACCGCAUCCCCACUCCACUUGUUACUUUUUUUUUUUUUUUUGGUUCUUUCUUUUCUUUUUAUUCAUUUAAGUCUCAGUUCUGAAGGGGAAAACCUCAGUUGGCCUCUGUCCCCCUUCCCUGGCCAGGGGCUCCUCCCCCUCAGCACUCUUCACACUCCCUUCAUCCCAGGGUAUCCAGCCUCCACCUCACUCCCAAGUUGCUUGAAAAGAAGAAGACAGCUUUUCUCCAGCAGGGGGUAUUGAACCCAGUGCAGGAAGCACUGGGGGCCCCCUCCAGAAGCCUAAGGUCUGGGCUGGUGUGGUAAUCCCCAUACAUUCCUUCAUGUGCCCCACUGCCAGGAGGACCACUGUCCCCAGCCAGCCAAAGUAAUGACACAUUCCAGCCCUGCCCAGCAUGCUGACCUUUGGCCUCUAAACCCCAGUGGGCCUCCAGGUCAGGGCAGGGGCGUUGAGUGGCCUGGCUCUGAGGAAGGGAGUCAGGGUAAGUCUGUCCUGUUAGGGCUUAGCCUGAGUCUGGCCUGUUCUGUUCUGGCCAGGCCUGGGUCUGGGCAGGAGGCUGAGGCUCUCCUUCUUUCCUCCCUCUGAUGACACCCAGUCUAGGAGCAUUCCUCUCCCAACCCCCACCUGAAGAGGCCUAGCCCCUGCCAAGCCAGUCCCUCCAAAUGGAUCCUCUAUGGACUUUAACUCAUCUAUGGAGGGGCCCCAGGGUAGGGCAGCCCCUUGUUUCUCCCCCCCACUCCACUUAGGUCCUGGAGCCCCACUGCCAGGCUGGGCCCGGCUUGCCCAGCCAAGGGGCUGCCCAGGCCCCCCAGAAAAUACUUGGAGCCAUUGGGCAGCGAUGGCCCAUGCCAUGGGACUCCCCCAUUGGUACAGCCAAGCUGCCCCCAUUCUUAUCCACUCCUCUUCCUCACCUUGUCCUGUUCAUAUGCUUCCAGGGCCCCACGGUCCACAGGAGGACCCUUCCUGGCCAAAGCCCCAAACUUUUUGGGAAAAGCCAGUUCCCAGUUGACAGAAGGCAUCUGUUCUUUCAUCUUAUUGGCCAAGAACAAACUCUCCUCUGGGAUGUGUGAGACUGGCAUUUGUUCCCCCCACCCAAUUGUCAAGGCCUCCUUCUCAGUAAGUUGUAUGAGAACUGGGAAGCCAUGGAGCAAAUGAGAGAGGAAAGUGUUUGCCCAGGCAUGCAUGAAUGUGCAUGGCAGAGACUGCAUCAGCAAUUGUAUGUCCAGAGAUUAUACACAUAAGCCUAUGAUUAGAGUGUCUUGAGAUUGUGUGUGUGUGUUAGUCAUCAUCCCUGUGUGAUGUAUGUUAGGCAGCCUUGUGUAUGUAUGCUUGUUUGAGGUGGUAUGUAUGAGUUGAGAUUGUGUCAUAUGUGUGUACUAACCAUCUCAUAUGUGUGUUAGAGCUUGCAUGUGUUAGCUAGUAUCUGCAUUUGUUUUCAAAAAUAACAGGUAUGUCAGGAGUGAUGAGAAUGUGUUAGAUGUUGUAGAAGUAUGUGUUUGAGAGAGCUGUCAGAUAUGCUGAGACUGUUGUGUGCAUGUGUUUGGCUCUGAAAAGGCAGUUGUGUGCAGGACGUGUGCUUGGGGAGAAGGAACAUAGGUAAGAUGACCCCUCUUGGCCCCCAAACCACUAGUCACAGAUGGCCACAUCCAAGAGGAGACCUUGUCCUUGGCCUAGAGUCCUCCUGCCCUUGGGGGGUUCCUGCCUGAAGUCCUCAGAAGUCCACUGGGACAGACCCAGGCAGUGCCCCAAGAAGCCAUGGUGGGCCCCCACCAGGGCCUACCCCAAAAGCAGGGGACAGGGAGGGGGCGGCUUGCCUGUCCCGAAGCCCCUGCCCCAUUGGCCCCAGUUUGCAUUCUGCCGGUUUUCCAUUUUAGUGAAUUUACGCUUUUAUUUCAGAGAGAGACAUGGGUCUUCUCUGUCUGUUUCCAAUAGUUAAAGCCAUAUCAGUUAGACUGCAAUACUUUAAAGAUGAGACAAAACAAUCCAUAUGUUUAGGGAACCAGAAAAGUCCCCUGGUCUGUCCCUUCUCUGGGGAGCAGGGCCUCAGCAGCUCCAGCUCCCUGGACUUGCCCUUCUCUCCCGCCCACACCCCCUCCCCUGUGCCCCUGUGUCCCGUCCCCCCAGGGGGCCUGUGUCUGUGUCUGUGCCUGUUUCUGUGAUGGGGAGCCACCUUGCACCCCUGUUGUCUGCUUGUCUGUUUGUAUCUGUUAUCCUGGGCAGGAUGGUCAUUCUCAGGAGCCCCGGGGUCCUGGGGCAGAAACAGGCAGGGCCCAGUCCUGGGCCCCAGGCCUCCCCAGACCCUGUGUGUAGGUCCUACCUGGACACAGGGGUGAAUCCCAAGUGUUCAGAAAGGUCUCCCUCUUGACAGGGGCCCGCAGACUUCAAAGGUGAUGCCAGGGCACAGAGAGUGCCAGAUGGACAGUGAAGACCGAGGCCCAGGGAGCUUCAGAUGAGCAGGGGAACCUAGCCAUGCAAGACAUCCCAGGCAGGCCUGAGGAACCCCAGGUCCCCAAGCGGCAUCCCUCACAGUCUUCACAGCCCCUCUGCACCCCCAGAGCAGGCUCAGGGCUUUUCCCAUAUGAGAGUGCCUUCCAGGCUGGCUGGCUUAGUCUGGUGCACAUCCUGGAUUCCUUUAGACUCCUCCAGCCUGCUUCUGAGCAGGACGACUGGAGGUUUUCCUGGAGGCAGGGACAGGGGGAGAAUUUCUGCCUGGGGCAUACUACCAUAACUCUUGGGUCCAGGGGAACACGAUGACCACCAUUCCUGACACAGACCUUCCAGUGGAGAGAGGCUAAUAUGUGGCCCAGAGAGGAUGUCAUGUGCAAACACACUUGUGGGAGCACAAAGUAUUUGUGAGGUGCUCUAGCAGAGAAGGGAUGGUCACAUGAAGUACCUGGGGUGGGAGGUGUAUAAGGCCCACUGAUGGGAGGGGGAAGAAUGUGUCACACACAAAUGGGGCAGUGUGCAUGUGACACACUUAGGAGGUGGGGCAGGGAGGGAGUGGCCCCAGAAUUCAGCAUGCGCACACACAACAUACAAGGGAGCUGUUCUCCCAGCUAGGAGAACGGGAAGAAGCAAUCAUUGCAUGUGGGUGAAGACAGAACAAAAUGCCCGCUUGCCAGGGGUGGCCACUGCUGUGCUGUGUGCCUGGGAGCUAACCACCAGAGAGAAGGGAAGUGCUUUUCUGGAUCUCCUGUGCUGGGCACUGGCAAUGUCCAGAACUUCCACACAGGUACAUCCUCUGCUCCAGGUCCAGAAAGUGUCCUUAACUACAAAGGGGUUUCCUCCAAAGGUAAGCAGGAGGUCAAGAGACCCUCCCAGCUGUGAGAGAGGGAGAGAGCCAGAGAGAGAGAAAGGGAAAUAGAAACAGAACAGAAGUUCUUCAGCCCAGGUCCCUCUCAGGUGGGACAGCUGGUGGACAAAGCAACCUCCCCAGAGGCUCAGAGCUAGAGUAAAAUGGGGUGAACCACCAGCCCCGGGAGCCCCUGCCACCCAGCCAGCAGGGUUGCCCACCACCACCACCCAACUGUUCCAUCCUUCUAGGUUCCUCAAACCCUUGAGUGCACAGGGGCUGGGGGUCAGACUGGCUCAGAUGACGGGACAUCUCUCAGGCCUGAGGACAUGACUCCCCCCACAUGUCCCCUGCUCUCCUCCCCACUCCUGUGCCCCACCCUCUUCACUGGAAAGAGAAUGAGAGGUGCUCCUGCUGGCCCUCGGGUGGGGAUGUGGGUCCUAGUGAGACCCAGGUGAGGAUGACCAUCCUACUUGCGUGGGGAAAUCCAUUUCCCACUGUGCUGUGUCCUUGUUGCUCUGCUUCCUUUAAAUGUGUCAGUGCCUGGGGGGAAGGGAGGGGCAACCCCCAUGCCCCCCUGAACCUGACCAAAAGCCAUGGCUGUUGCUCCCCCUUUGUAUGACGCAGAUGCUAAGAUGUACCAAACCAACCAUGACAACAAAGAAAAGACCUUGUACAGCA